AUGCCUGAGGAUCGGAGUCGAUCUGCCGCGGUUGAUGGUGGCGAGCUGGUGAUACACCGGUCGUCGUACCAAGAGGCACUGGAAAUUGGGGACAAUGUCCGGUUUAAUCUUAUGCUAGUAUUCACUGGGAUAUUUACAGACCACGUUGUAGAUAAUUUACCAGAGUGCAAACCCCAGAGUAAGCAGUCAGUCGUCGCUAUGUUGUGGCUGUGCCGGGUUUACGAAAGUUACAACUGGGUCCGGACAUCGUCACUCAUAAUGCUCCAGCUCCGCCUUUUGCUCCAUCAAGACCACUCCUUGCGCUUCCUUCCUGUUCAAGCUUAUAUCAUUCUCUCCUUUCUCUCUAUCUCUCUCUCUCUUUCUUCAGCUCUUCGGGUUCUUACGUGCUGA